AAUAAAAAUAGUAAUAAACGGAAAGUUGAAAUUUGAAGAAAAAGAAUGGGGUUGAGCUAUCCCGUCCAUAUACACGUGGAAGAAGACGGUAGGCAACAUAUUUUGGUUUCUCCUGCAACCACAGAGACGCCAAUCGGGCUUUUACAGUACAGAAUCAAACAGGCUUCAACAACGAAACCACAUUCAUUCCGCCGGAACUCUGGCUCGGCAGGUAGCUUUAUAAAGCAUGGCGAUGUUUAUGUUCUCUUAGCUAACGUCUCCUCUCCAAUGUGUCGCGUGCAAGGUGUUCGAUAAAAUGCCUGAAUGAAGAGGACCGCGUCGAAAUGCCCCUUUCACUUCUCAAUACUUUAGAUUUUCAAAAAGUAUACGGUGGCAUGCCUCUUGUAAAUCUUCCCGGUCUGCUAUCGAAGUCUUCUACGCCCUUUGGGUUUCAGUCAAAGCCAUUUAAUUUCCCCUCCUUGAAAAGUAAAAAUUGCGAUUUGAAGCCGUUGAUUAUCCAAGCAAGAGGACACUCUAAACCAGAAAGUGCAAAAAUUAGAAAUAGGAGGAUGCAGAAAAAGUAUAAUGGCACUCCUAAAAGACCAAGGCUUUCAGUAUUCUGUUCUGAUAAGCAGUUAUAUGCAAUGCUGGUAGACGACCAGAACAAGAAGUGCCUCUUUUAUGGGAGCACCCUGCAGAAAUCUAUGCGUCCAAAUCCCUCGUGCACCACCAUUGAAGCUGCUCAGUACGUUGGUGAAGAACUUGUGAAGACAUGUGAGGAUUUGAACAUCCACGAAAUAUCAUCUUAUGACCGAAACGGGUUUGCUCGUGGAGAGAAGAUGCAAGCCUUUGAGAUUGCAAUUUCACACUAUGGGUUCUUACAGCGAUAGAUUUGCCAGGAAUUAAGGCAAGUUGUAAUCGUAAAUGCCUUGUUCACACUGUUAAUUUAUCUAAACACAUUCGUUUUCAUUUCUAUGAUAAGUUGUCCAGAAAAGGAUGAAGUUAUGAUAACAAAUGAUGCUGUGUA